AUGGCGGAGUUCGGAGACUACGGCGAGUGCUUCGUCGCAGAGGAGCCAGAGGCACUCCCACUCCGUGCCAUGCCUGUCAGGACGAUCUCCAUGGAGGAGGUGGCGAAGCACAGCUCGCCGGAAGACUGCUGGGUCGUGCUCUAUGGACGGGUCUAUGACCUGACGAAGUUUGCACUGGGGCACGUGGGGGGCAGCAAGCUGAUCACCGACCUGGCCGGGAAGGAUGGCACCGACGUCUUCGAAGCCUCUCACGGCGAAAACGUGCUGAACAGCAUCCGCGGCGAGUGCUGCGUUGGCGAGGUGGAUGCAAGCACCGUCUUGGAAGAGCAUCGCGUGACGGCGACGCUGCGUGCGCGUGCCUAG